CCCCCCAGGCGUGAUGGGAGUCCGUGUCCUCUGUGUCCUGCUGCUGACGCUCAUCUGUCACAGCCGCGGCCUGGAAAUACAGAAACCCCCCCGCUACUGGUCCAAAAGGUCUCAGGAGAACAUCGUGUCUGAUCCCAGCGACUGUGCGUCCCGGCCCAAGCAGCCGCCGGCCAUCACCGACCUGCACGACUUCUCUGUGGACAUCCGGAUGCCGGGUGUGACCCCGGCCAGGCCGGACACGUACCUGUGCAUGGCCUUUCCUGUGCCAACGAGUCGGGAUGCAUAUAUUGUGGACUUCGUCCCUCAUGCCAGGAUGGACACUGUCCAUCACAUGCUGCUGUUCGGCUGUCAGACUCCCGUCUCCAGCAGCAGCUACUGGGACUGUGGCAGCGUCCAGGGCACGUGUGAGGACGAAGCCUCCAUCAUGUACGCCUGGGCCCGGAACGCACCCCCCACCAAACUGCCCAAAGACGUUGGUUUUAAAGUCGGACGCAGUUCAGGGAUGUCGUACUUUGUGCUGCAGAUCCACUACGGAGACGUCGCUGCUUUCAGGGAUCAUCACAGAGACUGCUCAGGACUCUCUUUGAGAAUGACCUCCAAGCCGCAGCCGUUCAUCGCAGGGAUCUACCUGCUCAUGGCCGUGGACACCGUCAUCCUGCCUGGAAAGAGAGUUACGAAUGCAGACGUGGCGUGUGACUACUCUUCAUAUCCCAUCUACCCGUUUGCCUUCCGGACGCACACACAUCGCCUCGGUAAAGUGGUCAGCGGCUACAGGAUCCGGAACGGGAAGUGGAGCCUGAUUGGACGACAGUCCCCACAGUUACCACAGGCUUUUUAUCGAGCCAACGCGGAGGUGGACGUGAAGUACGGAGACACCGUCGCUGCCAGAUGUGUUUUCACUGGUGAGGGCAGAACCUCCAAAACCUUCAUCGGAGGCACCUCUGAUGAUGAGAUGUGUAACUUCUACAUGAUGUUCUACAUGGAAAGCAAACAUGCGAUCCCCUACAUGAGCUGCAUGGAGACGGGCUCCAAGGAUCUGUUUCAACACAUCCCAGCUGAGGCCAAUGUUCCCAUCGCUGUGGAUCCAGAUCACUCAAUGAUGCAUAUGGGGAAAUCAGCAGAUGAUCUAGAGGACAGAUCUGUGACGGAUGCAAACCCAGCAGAGCAGACUCUGGAUCAGGAUCAUCUGGAGCUUGUGUCGCCGUGGCCUCAGAGUUCUCUGCAGCUCGGCCAGGUGUCGGGACUCGCCCUGGACUCAGACUCUAAUCUGGUGAUCUUCCACCGAGGAGACCACCGCUGGGGGGCGGACUCCUUCAGCAGCCAGGCCAGAUACCAGCAGAGGUCCCUGGGUCCCAUCCAGCAGUCCACCAUCCUGGUGGUGGAUCCAGGCAAAGGCAACAUCCUGAAGGCUUCAGGCAGAAACAUGUUUUAUCUUCCUCAUGGAAUAACGACCGACAAAGAGAAUAACUACUGGGUCACUGACGUGGCUCUUCACCAGGUGUUGAAGGUGAGUGGAGACGGUGGAGACAGGACGCUGCUGACGAUAGGAGAAGCUUUCCAACCAGGAAGUGACAGCAGACACUUCUGCCAGCCCACUGACGUCGCUGUGGACACGGACACUGGAAACAUCUUCGUGUCUGACGGAUACUGUAACUUCAGGAUCCUGAAGUUCUCCGCUGACGGCAAAUACCUGUCAGAGUGGGGCGCAGGCUCGUCCGACCGGAGGAGGCGUGUGGCGUUCCGGGUUCCUCACAGCCUGGCGUUCCUCCCGGACCGGAGGGAGCUGUGUGUGGCCGACAGAGAGAACGGACGGAUCCAGUGUUUCAUCGCUGAGACAGGAGAGUUCGUGAAGGAGAUCAAGAAGGAGGAGUUCGGGGGGGAAGUGUUCGCCAUCAACUACAGUCCUGCAGGAGAUGGAUUGAUCUUUGCAGUAAAUGGGAAGUCUCCGUAUCGCUCGGCUCCACUCAGAGGGUUUGUCAUAAAUUAUUCAACCAAGGACAUUUUGGACACGUUCAGCCCGAAGACAGAGGAGUUCCUGAUGCCUCAUGACAUCGUUGCAACACGGGACGGAGGCGUGUUCGUUGGAGACGCAGGAAGUGAUUCAGUCUUCAAGUUCACCAGCGAGAAGUUCCACCGCUCAGUGAAGAAAGCUGGCAUCGAGGUCCAGGAGCUUGAAGAAAUGGAGACGUUUGUCCAGACGAAGCUGAGACCUGAACCCAACACGCUGAAGACCAUGGUCGUCAAGGAGAAGCAAACCGUCGCUCAGGAGCCUCAAGAGCAGAAAGGGACGGAGGAGGAGGAGAAGAAGAAGAGUGUGGUGAAGACAAAGAGAGGAGAGGGGGUUCUCCCGGCCGUCAUCACCACGCUGCUGCUGGUCCCGCUGCUGCUCGUCAUCUCCACCGGGGUCUUCAUCUGCUGGAGGAGGAACCAUCCUGGUGAAGUGAAGGGCGAACCCAGCUCCGUGGGGGGGAUCCUGGGGAGAAUACGAGGUAGAGCCGUCGGCGGUCUGAACCUCGGGAACUUCUUUGCGUCUCAUAAAGGUUACAGCCGCCAGGGCUUCGACCAGCUGAGCACGGAGGGCAGCGACCAGGAGCGGAACGGCGAGGACAGCAGCGACUCGGAGACCGAGGAGUACUCCGCCCUGCCGCCGCCCGGGACCUCCUCCUAGACGCCACCGCACCCCCGCCUUCUGCUUACGAUGCCAAGAUGUCUGUUAUUCAUCAAGUGUAACUGUUGUGUUAGCUGCCAAUCUUAUUGUUUAUAUAUUUAAAUCUAUAUACUGUAAAUACAGAUACUUUGACAUGAUUUAGAUUAUUUAAUAUAAUUUAUCUGUGAUCUCGAUAAAGUUCACACACGUCACAAACGUUUUUUUUUUUUUCCCCAAAUCAAACACACAGAAGUUGAAAUGAUGAGAACAAUCAGAUUCAGCCUUAAAACCACUGAUGGAUCAUUUUGUCUUUUUUAUUCGCGCAGUUAAAAAGAGAAGUUUAGUUUUUUGGAAACGGUGCAAACUGAUCUGAGCCCAAACCGUAGGGUCUCUGUUUCCAUGGUGACACUGACCAGCACAAGCAGCGUUGACCUGUAACUCAGGUCAACACCAUGUUACUGAGCAACAGCGCCCCCUGCAGCCACAUGUGGUUCACUGCUUCCUGAACCUGAAGCUGGAACAAAUCCACCAAACUGCUCAGAAUCCUUCAUGUUUCAUCAGUUUCCAGAGAACAGACGCUCAGGGAGAGAAGGAGGAAACGAUCCUUGUUCACACUCACACUUCAGACUCACUCUAACCAAGCUGCUGGCUUCACAGUGUUACUCCUGCAGGGGGCGCUCACAGUCCGAGCUCCAGCUGCUUGUGUUGGUCACUGUUGAUUUCUCAGAGUUUGAGUCAGAACGACUCAUUUCAGUUUGUGAUCAUUUAAACAGGAUCAGACUCAGAAUGAGAGGAGACACAGGAACAGAACCUCCACACGUCUCCUCUGGUAGAGACGCUUCACUCGCCCUCAUUUCACACGCUCACUGGUCCACGGCUUUCAUCCGGAACAUUUCAUCUGUCAUUUUUGUGCCUUUUCACGUCCAUAUUUUGCCUUUUUUCAGCACCUGCCAUCACCAACGUGUCGUGGGCUUAAAACCUGCUGCUGGUCGAGCUUCUCUCUUCCAUCAGAGAGGAGAGAGAGAGGGAGG